CUGAUUCAAAACCCUACUUAGGGUUCCAAAGCUCUCUCUAUUUCUGCCUUUAGCUUUCGCCAUUCCGCAGCCUCUGUUCAUCCCGGAUAAGACCCCCGAGGGUUUAGGCAUCUGUUCGUCGCGGCGAAGAUGGUGACGGCGAAGAAGACGAAGAAGUCCCAUGAGGGAAUCAACAGCAGAUUGGCCCUGGUGAUGAAGAGUGGCAAGUACACCCUAGGGUACAAAUCCGUUCUUAAAUCCCUUCGCAGCUCCAAAGGUAAGUUGAUACUUAUAUCCAACAACUGCCCACCGUUGCGGAGGUCAGAGAUUGAGUACUAUGCCAUGCUUGCUAAAGUUGGAGUUCACCACUACAAUGGAAACAAUGUUGAUUUGGGUACUGCCUGCGGGAAAUACUUCCGUGUGUCGUGUCUCAGCAUCGUCGAUCCAGGUGACUCUGACAUCAUUAAGGCACUUCCUGGUGAUCAGUGAUUCGAGCUUGUCUUGAUUUUGCCCUAUUUAUCUCUUUUGUUCAUGCAACAUUACAUUAGUGUGUUUCUCCAUGGUUUCCCCUCCCGAUUAUGUCUGGAAUUCUCACACUUUUGUGGCAGUCCUUUGAUCCGAACUCAUGUCCCGGACAGCAGUUAAAUGAACGACUUUCUAUUUAUAACUUAGGUA